AUGAGUUUUCAAGCAAUGCCCUUUCUUUAUUUAAAUAUGGGAGGUGAAAUGGCUUAUAUAUUAGAGCAGAGAUUACAAGCCCAAAAUGUUGGAAAUGAAAAAAGUGUUAAAGUUUUGUGUGAUAUUGUUGCUGUAAUGUUGGGGAAUAGUUUUUUGGAUGAAUUGUUUGAACCUAAAGAAAUGAUGUCAAGACAGGGACUUCGACAAUUUUUUGAACAAAUUGCCCAUUCAUCAGUAAUGCGUUUAAAUGAAGCAAGUAUGGAUAAAUUAUUUGAUUUAAUGAUAAUGGCAGUAAAAUAUCAAUUUCUUUUGUGCAAAGAACCUUCAGAAUUAGUGUUGGUUACAAUGAAUCAUAUUGAUGGAAUGAAAGCAAUCUUUCAAUCAAAUCAACAAAUUUUGAGUCAUUUAAAUUACGCCAAUACAUUAUUAAUGGAUCAUUUUGGAGAUACUCCAUUAUGGCAAAUGGCUAUAAUUAGAAGUGAAUUAUUAACUUUUCUUCUUGGGGCUAGAGUUAAAGUUAGUUUAAUGUUACGAGAACAUAAACAAAUGGAAGACGGCCGUUUUGUUUUGUUCCCAGAAGGAGAACAAAUUGAAUUACCCUAUAAUGCUGUUGUACCUGGAUCUGUUAGAUAUGUAGAAAAUGGUGCUUUAGUUAGAAGUGAAAACUUUCCUGUAGAUGAACAUUUUAAAGUUUCACCAGAUAGUUACCAGGACCGUACAAUGGUAAGAGGAACAACUUUGGGUCAAAAUAUGUAUAAAACAAAUAGUGAAACUGAACAGUUAAAACCUUCAACUUCUUUAACUCAAAAACAAAAAACAUCCAAACAAUCACAAGAUAUCCCUCAAAAUUUAAAUACAACAAGUGGUGAUGAACUUGGAUUAUUAAGCAUGUUAAUAAAAAAUAAUAAUCAACCAAUUGAUGAUUUUGAAUUAGUUUUGUUUGAAGAUGAAGGAGGAGAAAAUAAUAAAAAUAUAAAAAAAGAAAAUAAAACAAAAAACCCAACAAUUGGAAAGAAAGCUGCCUUGGAUAAAGCUUUGAAUGAGAUGAAUCUAGAUAAAGAUAAACAAAAACCUCUCGAAAAAUCACCGUCAAAGGGAGUAAAGAAAGGGAAAGAUUUAUUAGAAAUGAUGGAUCAAACAGUUGAGAAAAAGAAUUUGCCUCCUAAAAGAAGUGGCUCUGCCAAGAGAGGCGGUGGAAAAGUUUAAAAUUAAAAAUACAUAAUCGUUCUUUAAACAAGUCAAUUAUAAUUUUAUUAUUUUGUAUUAAAAAUAUUACAAAGUCCACACAUGCACCAGAAAAAAUACAAUAUUAUCUUCA